AUGCCUCCUCUGUCGGCAUACACACCAUUUGAGUCUUUACUCUUCUUCCAAUCCCUUGCGACCUCCGAUGUGCGCCCGGCCAGCUUCGCGUCUAUAUCGACUCUGUUGAGCAAUAAUCCACUCGUGCGCCAGAAUGUAGCUUUCAGCGCCGAUCGCCUCAGCCCAGAGGCGUUGGAGGAUCUCUAUGCGACGCUAUUACGCGACGGCUUUGGUCGGGACGGCACAUCCCUUGGCCCAGAUGGACGGUCCACGGAGAGCUCUGGCCCCAGUAACCCAAAGAAACGCAAAAUCUCCAGCCCGCGACCGGACGGGCUGACCGAAGGGCUCUCCCAUGCUGUUCUGGUUCCGGAACUCGUGGCCCACCUCUAUGCGCGGUAUAAAGAGCUUGUGACGAAGGAGAUUAGGGACGACGAGAAGCGAUUCACCGACAUUAAGAUCGAAAUCGAGCGUUUGCAAAGGGAGGAUGUCAAGACGGCGGUACCCACUGCGAAGGGGGUGCCCCAAGCUACCAAGCUCGAGCGCCGCGAUUCCAUGGAUAUCAGCGUCAAGCAAGAAACCCCCCGGCAGGAACGCCCCGACCAGACAAUCCCUCUUGCGACACAGGCACAACCGGUUCAGUCCAUUCCGCAGGCAGUUCAGCCAGAGCCAGGUCAGCCUACAGAAGUCCCGCGCCCGCCCGGCGCGCCUGUCGGAUCGCCUGGAGCUCAACCACCUCAGCUUCAAGCCCAGCCCACACCAACAAAGGCUGGUCAACCACUACACCCACAGGCUUUUAAUCGCCAAGACGUGCCGCAUCCUCCGCUUCAGCCACCUUUUGCCCCGCGAAAUCAACAGCCAGGUCCGUCAACUCCUGCAGCAGCCCGAGUAGCACCACCACAUCCCUCGCAAGUUGCACCACGACCUAAUGUCCCGGUGGGCACGCCUGUUGCCCCGGGGAAAGCUUCCAUUCCUAUAUCCACCUCUCAACAACCCGCCCCGACUCAGUCCAGCUUCCAGCAAUGGCAGCUCGAAGCCCCCCCCACAUUCACCUUACUCCGCAACCUCUCCGGCUACCACUACUCCCCAUCUUGGUCUGGCACCCGGCAAACCACCAGUCCCCCCAUCACAAGUUCCUUCGAGGACACAAUCCAAGGCCUCUAUUUCUUCGGCCGUUCCGAGCACCCCAGGUGCAGCAAGUCCAGCUGCUCAAACUCCGCUUACCCCGAGUCUCGUGGAUCACGUCCGCGAUUAUCCAUUGAUACGCCAGGUUCUUCUACGCCAUGGAAGAGAACACCUCGUCUGAGCAUCCCCGAGUCUCCGGUAUCGCCUGCACGUCCACGACCAGAGGAUGUGAGCCCGAUCAGUGAAAGAGCACCUUCUCCCGAUGCUAUGGAUAUCUCGCCACCCCGAGAGAAGAAAACCACUCGUCGUAGUCAGGCAACUACAGUGGAAAGCAAAGCUACACCGAGCAUCAAGGUUGAGAAAGGCACUUCUACUCGGAGGAAACGAGCUAUCAGUUCCGCAUCCACUCAGAGCCGAGGGCGCUCAGUGGCUUCGAGAGAUGACUCGCCCGAUCCGUCUAGGGCUGCCACACUCCGAAAGGGACCUGCGGCGAUUGUGGAUGAUCAGACUCCGAAAGCACGAUCAAAGCGCAAGCGUGGUGUCAGCGAGUCCUUCGAUCAUGAGCCCAUUCUUCCGGAGCAACCCAAGAUCGAUACAACCAGAUACGUGCUUUGCGCACGCGGAUUCCACCGAACAGCAGCUCCUAUAAUGAACGACGUAACGACCCACAAGCUUGCAUCCAUCUUUGCCAAGCCAUUAGGUGAACGAGAUGCACCCGGCUAUCACGAUCUCAUAUAUCGUCCCCAGGAUCUCAAAUCUAUCAAAUCUGCAGUUCAUCAAGGUAGCAAAGCCGUUGCUGCUGCAACCGAGGCUGUCAGUACUCCAGCGGGCGACGGUGAAUCUCCAGUGCCAGCUGCAGGUACACCGUCUAAGAACAACAUGCUUAUGCUUCAGAAGACCGAAGAACUCAUUCCUCCUAAGGGGAUCGUGAACUCUGCGCAGCUGGAGAAGGAGCUUAUCCGCAUGUUCGCCAACGCAAUCAUGUUCAACCCCGUCCCGGCACGCGGAUUUGGCCCGGCCUUCCCGAUGAUGAACGAGCGAGGUUCCCGGGAGAGCACACAGUCCGGUGACGGUGACGAAGGCGGGAUCAUCCAAGACUCGAUCGAGAUGUUUGAGGAUGUUGAACAGGCCGUGACCCAUUGGCGUCAAGCUGAACGUACGGCUGAGCGCAAUGCGGAUGAUUUGGCCAAUAAGAAUGUGCUUGCAUUGCGGCGUGGUAGUGUCAGUGAUUUUAAUACUGAUAGUGCGGAUGAUGUCAAGGGCUGA